AUGUCACAUCUUAUUAAAACAAUUAAGUACAAAGAUAACGUUGGUUUGUGGAAGAAUAAGAAAUAUCUUAUAAAAGAGGCAUUUACAUCGAUGGAUACAGAUUCAGAUGGUUAUUUAGAUUAUCAAGAAGCUAAAACAGCAAUGAAAGCUUUGGGAUUGGCAAUAAAUAAAUCUUUUGUUUUGUCAGUUAUUCGUAUGUACGAUAAACGUGGUGAUAGUAAGAUUAGUUUUGAUGAUUUUUAUUAUGUUGUAUUUGAAAAGUUGAAAACACAAGAUCCUAUAGAUCAUCUUAAAUAUGCAUUCAAGAUUUUUACUGCAGAAUCUCCGAUUAAAAAAAUUAGAUUGGAAGAUUUACAAAGAAUUAAUAUUAAAAUUGAUUCUAAUCUGACACUUGAUGAGAUGCAGCUUAUGAUCAAAGAAUUUGAUAAAAAUGAAGAUGAUUCUAUCGAUGAAGCUGAAUUCAUAGAAAUGAUGACUGAAUCAGAAAAUUAA